ACUCCCCAAAACUUCCCUUUCUAUUACUUUUCUCCACCACCUCCUCAGUACUACCCAAACCCUCCGUAUGUUACGCCGCCACCAUCAACUCCAUCCUGGUCUGUCACACCACCAAAGCCACCAACUCCAGCAGUCUCACCCCCAGCACCAAAGCGACCUACUCCUCCUACAGUUUCACCACCAUCACCAAAGCCGCCAACUCCAAUAGUGUCCCCACCACCAUGCAAGAAGCCAACUCCACCAAUGGCACCACCACCAAAAAAGCCGCCAACUCCAGCAGUGAGAGCACCACCGCCACCCCGUCAUUUCAGUCCCCCACCAUCUCCCAUGAUAAAACCGCCACCUCGUCCUCUUGCUCCACCUCCUCCUCAUAUUGUUCCACCAUCACCUGGACCUUCGCACCACACCACAAUCAUUAUUGUAUUUGUAUCCUUGGGUGGUCUGUUCUUUCUUGCAUUCCUCUCAGUAGCUCUGUGUUGCUUUAUUAAAAAGAAGAAGAAGAAGAUAUCUCAAAAAUCUGAGAUCAUAAGCAUUGAUGGACAUAGGAAGGUGCAGGAAAAAAUUGUGCCUGGCCCAAAUGGUACAGAAGCUGUAAUGCUUACC